CAGUGUCUUGGUUUAUAUGUUUUUAUGCCCAUUGCUUUAACUUUUCUUUCUUUUCUUUGCUCAGUUCUCAUUUUUAAAGAUUAGUUAGCAUAAAUGAAGCCGUGUACAUAGACACAGAGGAACAAAUUCAAUGCCUUCAGAUGGUUCCAGAAAUUAAUUUACAGUGGAUAUAGAAAAAAAUUUCACCCACACUUUUAUAAGCGACUGUGCCAUCAUUAUUCUGAGUGGAAUUGUUUUCAGACAAGCAGCUUAUUUGCACACAUUCAGAUUUAACAGGUAGCUAAGAAUACAGAAGUUAUGAGACCCUCUUGAGACCAAAAAACCUGAAGAGAAGAUGCACAAAUGCUUGAAAUGGCACUGUACUCUGUUGGCACUUCACCAAAGUGUUCCUGGAAGAAUGUCACCAUUCUUGGCAAACAGAACACUAUCAAGAACAGAAAAGUCACACAAAGAUGAAAAUAACCCUCCAAAUGGACCCCAAACAGAGAAAAGCAGCCGUCAGCACCAUAGUGGAAGAGACCAGCCAGGACAGACCGGAGAUGAAGCACGGAGCUCAACGCAUUCUACCGCACCGCCUCUGCCAACCACUUGCUGCAUGUCGGGCUGUGCGAACUGCGUGUGGAUAGACUAUGCUGAAGAACUGUCGAGGUUUUACAGCGACGGAGGGACAGAGGCCAUGGCUGCUAUCGAGAAGGAGGUUACUGAUCCGAGCUUGAAGGCUUAUAUACUUAUGGAGAUUAGACUCAAGGGGUUAGGUAAAUAAAGAGGAAGUUUUAGAAAUAUUUUGUACAUAAUAUUUGCUUAUGAAAUUUUAGUCCAAGGGGAAUUCAGUAUUUAAUUGAAUAUUUUGUUAUUUAAAUUUAUUUGUAUAUGUGUGAAUAUUAUUGUAUUAUUGUAUAUACACAGGACAGUGUGAUCACUAAUAGGAUAAUAUAAGAUUUUACUCAGCUUUUUAAGAUAUAUAAUAUAUUCAUUAUAUUUUUGUGAGUAUGAUUAAUAAAAAAAAAAAAUAA